AUGGCAGCUCUCACAUCCCUCACCCAGUUGACAAGUGGGAACCCUGUAUUUGAGAACUUUUAUAGACAGGUGGAUCCAGGGAAUACAGGGAGAGUAGGACCCACAGAAGCUGCCUUGUUCUUAAAGAAGUCUGGACUUCCUGACAUUACAUUGGGAAAGAUCUGGGAUUUGGCUGAUCCUGAUGGUAAAGGUUAUCUGGACAAACAGGGCUUUUAUGUAGCUCUGCGGCUCGUGGCCUGUGCUCAGAGCGGUCAGGAAGUCAGUCUGUCCAGCCUCAACCUCACAGUCCCUCCUCCCAAGUUUAAGGACACAAGCAGUCCGUCUCUAAGCAGCACAGCUCCUACUUCCAGUGAGCUACACUGGGCUGUCAGGCCCGAGGAGAAGAGUAAAUUUGAUGGAAUAUUUGAAAGUUUGGCACCAGUCAAUGGCCUGCUGUCAGGAGAGAAGGUCAAACCAGUCCUAAUCAACUCCAAGCUACCUCUGGAUGUUCUUGGGAAGGUUUGGGACCUGAGUGACAUAGAUAAAGAUGGCCAUCUGGACAGAGAUGAGUUUGCAGUGGCCAUGCACCUUGUGUACCGAGCCCUGGAGAAGGAGCCAGUUCCUGCACUUCUGCCCUCUUCUCUCAUCCCUCCAUCCAAGAGGAAGAAGAGUCUGGGCUCAGUGGUGGGCUCUGUGCCUGGACUGCCUGCAAGCCCUCCACCACCCAAAGACUCACUGCGCUCCACACCUUCACACGGCAGCAUGAACUCACUCAACAGCACCGGCAGCCUGUCUCCCAAACACACACUCAAGUCUGGACAGCAUUCACUCAACUGGGUAGUGCCUGUGUCAGACCGCGGUCGCUAUGACGACAUCUUCCUGAAGACGGAUGCCGAUCUGGACGGCUUUGUCAGUGGACAGGAAGUAAAGGACAUCUUCAUACAGUCUGGACUUUCUCAGAACAUCCUUGCCCAUAUAUGGGCUCUGGCAGACACCAGACAGAUAGGUAAGCUGACCCGGGAGCAGUUCGCCCUUGCCAUGCAUCUCAUCCAGCAAAAAGUCAGCAAGGGCAUCGACCCCCCACAGGCCCUGACCACUGAUAUGAUCCCCCCUUCUGAGAGAGGCACUCCUGUACCAAGUAUGUCAGGAUACAUGACUCCAGUGGGUUCAGAGAUGGCUGCGCUGUCUGAGAUGAGACGGGACAGCUCUAGUUCGGUGGGUUCAGGGGAGUUCACUGGCAUCAAGGAGUUGGAUGACAUCAGCCAGGAGAUAGCCCAGUUGCAGAGGGAGAAGUAUACUUUGGAGCAGGACAUCAGAGAGACAGAGGAGGCCAUCAGACAUAAAAGUGCAGAGGUGCAGGAGAUGCAGAAUGACCUAGACAGAGAGACCGCCAGCCUGCAGGAGCUGGAGGCUCAGAAACAAGAUGCCCAGGACCGCCUGGAGGAGAUGGACCAGCAGAAACAUAAACUAGAGGACAUGCUGAACGAAGUCCGGAUAAAGUGUCAGGAAGAGUCUCAAAUGAUCUCCACCCUCCAGAGUCAGAUCCACUCCCAGGAGUCAGACCUGCAAUGCCAGGAGGAGGAACUGUGCCGGGCCAAAGCUGACCUAGGCAGGCUGCAGCAGGAGGAGAACCAGCUGGAGCAGAGUCUGGCUGCUGGAAAGAUCCAACUAGAGACCAUCAUCAAGUCUCUGAAGGCCACACAGGAUGAAAUCAACCAGGCUCGCAGUAAGUUGUCCCAGAUUCAAGACAGCCAACAAGAAGUCUCUAAAAGCAUCGAGCAGUACAACAGCACCUUGAAUGGAACCCAUGGAGGCAGUAUGACCAACCUGGCCGACAUGAGCGAGGGCUUCAGCGACAGAGAGAAUGGUGGAUUCCCUGCCAUGGUGAGAGCAGCACAGGAGGACCCAUUUAAAGUGAAGCCAUCCGUGUUCAACAACCAGUCUCAGGAGCUUCACACUGACCCCUUCCACUCUGAAGACCCCUUCAAAACAGACCCUUUCAAAGGUGACCCUUUCCAAAAUGACCCUUUUGCAAAGCAGCCAUCAGCAUCCACUGCAGAUCCUUUUGGAGGAGACCCCUUUAAAGAGACUGAUCCAUUCAAGGCUUCAUCAGAAGAUUUCUUCAAGAAGACCACAAAGAUGGAUCCCUUCUCCACUCCAGACCCCUUCAGUAAAAGUGCCACGUUACCUUCCAAGCAACAAACAGGUCAUUUCACAAGCAAUGAUCCUUUCUCUUCAAGCAACCCAAAACCCAAAGGACCAGACCUGUUUGGCACGUUGGAUCCAUUCGGCAGCAGUUCGUUCAGCAGCAGCAGUAACAGCUCGGCUGGAUUUGCAGACUUCAGCCACAUGUCGAAAAGCAGAGACCCCUUUGAAGGCCGGGCCAGCUGGCUGCCAGACUACCAGAGUACUACCAAGUCGGUGUUUGUGGACGAUCCAUUCAGCAGGAAGAAUGACACACCAGCUCUGCCACCAAAAAAAAGUGUUCCACCAAGACCCAAACCACCCAGUGGUAAGAGUACGCCAGUGAACAUGUCCUGCCCAGCUGAUCCUUCCAAACCAUGUGACCCCUUCCAGCCGUUCGGCGGCGAUACCAUUGAUCCGUUUCAGAGUAACAAAAAGGGCCUGGGAGACCCGUUUAGUGGCAAAGACCCUUUUGCUCCAUCAGCAUCAAGACCUGACAAAGCCAAGUUUGGGAAUGAGGCUCAGCAGUUGGAGUGGGCUAAGCGUGAGAGUGAGCGAGCAGAGCGUGAGCGGCUGAAGAGGCUCAGACAGCAGGAGCAGGAAGACCUAGAGCUGGCCAUCGCCCUCAGCAAGGCAGAGAUGUCCAACGCAUGACAUGGAAUCUCCAUCCCCCCAACACACAUGUACACACACACACACACACACACACACACACACACAACCACUCAUACAUGCAGCAUUUAGACAGGCUAACAUGCACAACAAACAUGACUGACAUCUAAAUAUUCACACAGAAAGCACAUAACUGGACUAACUUCCUAGUGUUCAUAUAAACUCUGGUCCCAUCUAAACACAU